GCGGGGUGAUGCUGCAGCAGCAGCAGCGGCGGGCCGGGGGCUGCCGGGCGGGGACCCGAGCUGCGCGCGGGCCAGGCAGGAGCCCGGCCUCGGAGAGGGAUGCCUCCUGUCUCGACCCACAGGAACACCCACCGGCCCCCCCUACGAUGAUCCCCCCGGCGAGCAGCACCCCUCCAGGAGAGGCCCUGUUCCCCAGUUUGGCUCCUCAGGACUUCUGGAGGUCUCAGAUCUCGGGCUACUCGGGGUCCGUGACCCGGCAUAUCAGCCACCGGGCCAACAACUUCAAACGACACCCCAAGAGGAGGAAGUGCAUUCGCCCCUCCCCACCCCCACCCCCCAACACCCCAUGUCCGAUCGAGCUGGUGGACUUUGGGGACGUGCACCCCCAGAGGUCCUUCCGGGAGCUGCUCUUCAACGGCUGUAUUCUCUUUGGCAUCGAGUUCAGCUAUGCCAUGGAGACCGCGUACGUGACCCCAGUGCUCCUACAGAUGGGCUUGCCCGACCAGCUCUACAGUCUGGUGUGGUUCAUCAGCCCCAUCCUUGGAUUCCUACUGCAGCCACUGUUGGGUGCUUGGAGUGACCGAUGUACCUCAAGGUUUGGAAGGAGACGCCCUUUCAUUCUUGUCCUGGCUAUAGAACGGGUUAAUAAAGCGUAUGUCAUUCCUGCCCUGCUUGACAAAAUAAAAACCCUGAUCCAAGCAAAAAAAACAAAAACAAAACCAAAAAACCAUGGGGCAUUGCUGGGCCUCUCGCUCCUGCUCAACGGCAGGGACCUGGGCACGGCGCUGGCCGACUCGGCCGACAACCACAAGUGGGGCCUCCUCCUCACUGUGUGCGGGGUGGUGCUCAUGGACUUCAGCGCUGACUCUGCGGACAACCCCAGCCACGCCUACAUGAUGGACGUGUGCAGCCCCGCCGACCAGGACCGCGGCCUCAACAUCCACGCGCUGCUGGCAGGCCUCGGAGGAGGAUUCGGCUAUGUGGUCGGGGGCAUCCACUGGGACAAAACCAGCUUCGGAAGAGCCCUGGGCGGGCAGCUGAGGGUUAUCUACAUCUUCACCGCAGUCACCCUGAGUAUCACCACCGUCCUGACCCUGGUCAGCAUCCCUGAGAGACCCCUGCGGCCCCCCGGCGAGAAGAAGGCCACCAUGAAGAGCCCCAGCCUCCCGCUGCCGCCCUCCCCGCCGCUGCUGUACGAGGAAGGGGCCGGCGAGCCCCUCCCCUGUCCCCCGGCCACCAGCCUGUACACCAGCUUCUCCAGCCCCAUCUCGCCGCUCAGCCCCCUCACGCCCAAGUACGGCAGCUUCACCAGCAGGGACGGCUCCCUGACGGGGAUCAAUGAGUUUGCCUCAUCCUUCGCCACCUCCAACAUCGACAGCGUGCUCAUCGACUGCUUCACGGGCGGCCCCGACCCCUACCUGGCCAUCCCGGGCAGUGCCCCGCGGCCGACCAUCAGCGUCAGCUUCCCGCGGGCCCCCGACGGCUUCUACCGCCAGGACCGCGGCCUCGGGGACAGGCGGGAGGGGGCCCUGGCCGCGGGCCCCGACGGGGACGUGCUGAGGGUGGGCUCCCUGGACGCCCCCAAGCCGCGAUCAGCCGGGAUCCUGAAGAGACCCCAGACCUUGGCCAUCCCGGACGCGGCCGGAGCGGGGGGUCCCGAAACCAGCCGGAGGAGGAACGUGACCUUCAGUCAGCAGGUGGCAAAUAUCUUACUGAACGGCGUGAAGUACGAGAGCGAGCUGGCGGGCUCCGGCGAGCCGGCGGGGCAGCCCCUGUCCAUGAGGCACCUCUGCUUCACCAUCUGCCACAUGCCCAAGGCCCUUCGCAAUCUUUGCAUCAACCACUUCUUGGGGUGGCUCUCGUUUGAGGGGAUGCUGCUCUUCUACACGGACUUCAUGGGUGAGGUGGUGUUUCAGGGAGACCCCAAAGCCCCGCACACGUCGGAGGAAUAUCAGAAAUACAACAGCGGAGUCACCAUGGGCUGCUGGGGGAUGUGCAUCUACGCCUUCAGCGCUGCCUUCUACUCAGCUGUUCUCGAGAAGCUGGAAGAGCGCCUCAGCACCCGCACGCUGUACUUCAUCGCCUACCUGGCCUUUGGCCUGGGGACCGGGCUCGCUACCCUGUCCCGGAACCUCUACGUGGUCCUGUCCCUCUGCGUAACCUAUGGGAUUUUGUUUUCCACCCUGUGCACCCUGCCCUACUCACUCCUGUGCGAUUACUACCAGAACAAAAAGCUUGGCCGAGCUAGGGUUCACCGCACAGAACCACGCAGUUCACCCAUUUCCCGGGGUGUGUCCCCAGAGUUGGGCCAUCGCCACCACGAUCAGUUCAGAACAUCUUCGUCGCCCCCCAGAGAAACCCUAUACCCAUGAGCCGUCCCCCUCUGCCAUCCUUCCGCCCGCUACCACGAAGCCACUUUGUGCCUCUCCACAUUUGCCGGUCGCGGGACGUGUCAUGGAAACGAAACCGUGUCGUGUGGUGGCCUUUGUGUCUGGCUUCUCUCCCUCGCGUCAUGUUUUCAAGGCGCAUCCACGCUGUAGCGCGUGUCAGGGCUUCCUUCCUUCUUGCGGCCAGCAGUGCUCCCAUCAAAGAUUCUUUUGCAGUAACUUGGAGAUUUUAAAAUACUGCAUUAAAAGAUCACCUCGA